GGAGACUAGCCGCGUAAGCUGCCAAAGCCCUAACCAGAAGAGGCGAUUCGGCUACAGGGGGUGGCAGGAUUGGGAGGAACAGAGAGCAGGAGAGAGGGCUGAGGUGGACCUGGGCACAGGCUUGGAGAGUACACAGUCCAGAACCGGGAGCCUUUCGGUGUCUCUGCUUGCACUGGAGAUGAUCGAAGCCAGCCAAGUCUGUUCUGGCUACUACAGCCUCAAUCACACCUUCGUGGAGACCUUCCAGUGUCCCAGACAUGGAGAGGGGGCCACCCUCAUGUACUGCUGCGGCUUCGCCGACCUCAAGUACUGCUGCGGCGAGCCCGGCAGCUACUUCCCCUACAAGUACAGCUACAUGUGGAGCCUCAGCAUCGGUGCCUUGAUUGGACUGGGAAUUGCUGCCCUUGUUUUACUUGCCUUUGUUAUCAGCGUCUGUGUCCUUUGCUACUUAUUUCUUUACUCAAAACCUCAGCGAUUAGACACUGGACUCAAACUCCAACACCUGGAGGCUUCUUCAGGAGAAGGUAACUCAAGUAGAAAAGCCAAAGUUCCUAAUUCAAGUGCAGUUUCAAAUUCAACAAAUGAAACAUCAUGUGAUGCAGAUGAGAUCAUUCAAGAGAAGCUGAUGGAUACGACAAAUCAACAUUGCUCAUUUGCUAAAAAUACUGCAUUUUAGGAAAUUGGUGGAAGGAUGAGAGUGAAAAUACAAUAUGUAUUUUAGGUAUCUUUGCAAUUUUAGAUGCAGUUUUUCAGUAAGACAUCAGUGACAUAAAGUCACCCCCCCCCCGCCGACACACACAUCUUUACAACAUCACAUUUCCUCAAUAAUUUGGUUUUUUGAGUAACUGAAAUUUCCAUGACUGAAAUGCCUUGCUCAAGGAUGUGGUGUUACUAAAUAACAGGGAAUUAGGUUAAUGGAGUACUUUGGUACAAAUAGUUAAAUUGCCACACAUGGAAGAAAAUAUCUAUUAGUCUAUUAAAAUCUAUGGAGACCUAAGAAGGUCGAUGCCAUAUUGAGUGUUUGAUAAUUUAGUUUAUUAGUCUUAGAACCUCUUUUAAUAAGAAUUGGUACUUUGUUUAUAAUUAUGCAUGGGGUGACGUAACCAAACAAACUAUAUUUCCUGGCUCCAGUCCCUUGAGGACUCUCAAACCUAUGUUUCUUAAGCUUUUCUUCUUAAUCCAUUUUCCCAUUACAAUAAAGAAGUCCAUAUACUUAUGCUGGUUCAUGUGCCAAAAGUCUUGUGUUUCCUCAAUCUAAUUAUAAGGGUCUCUAUAGUAAGUAAUAGGAGUUUCAUAUUAUUCAGUGGAAAGGAAUAAUUCUGGAGUCAGAGGAGCUGGGUUCCCUGUCUUUGGUGCUUAUUAUCUUUGUUACCUUGGCCAAGUCACUUAUAACUUCCCUCCCUAUCAUUUUCCUCACCUGUAAAAUGAGGAGCGUUAGGCUACCUGGUUUCUGAAAUACUUUCCUGGGCUGGCUCUCUAACCCUAACUUGGUACAACAAAUAUUUCCACUGCUUCUCACUAAAGGAUUCUGUAAUCCUACUCUAUAGGCAAUGGGACACAAGUUAGUACAGUAUUUCUACUUUGUGAUUUGUUUUUAAUAUAGUAUGUUAGUUAAUAUUUGGAACAUAGUAAAGUUGUGAAGUAUUAUCAAAAGAUAUUUAUUUUCCUUAAUUGUGUGAUUUCAAAGAUUUGUCUGAAUUGUGAUCUCAGUCUGUCCAGUUCUAAACUUACAAUGGAAAUUAAUGGGGUAAUAGGAUUCAAUUUAUAGUAAAUUUUACUUGGCAUGUUUAUUCUCUUACAUGAAGUAGUCAUCGAUUUUGACCUUUUCACCAAGACUCAUUUUACAAAAGAAAAAGGUAGGCAUCAUUUAUCAGUCUUUGCCAAAAUUCCUAGUAAAAAACCCGAACAAUUCUUAUAGGCCAUUAAUGCAAUAGCUCAUGAGUUAUAGUUAAAAUAAAUGCACUGAACUACAUGUCAAGUUCAAAGAAAUAGUUCAAAUCUGUUUCAGUUUAAAAUUCAAAAUUGCUUUUUAAUAGUGCAUGAAAGUCUGAAAGUUGAAAAAUUGUCAUUUUAAGAAUGACAUUUUGUAUGACUAUAGAGUACCAAGAACUUGUUAUUUAUUUUUGUGAAGGGUGAAAAUUAAUGGCAGUUAUCUACAACACUGUUCUGAAUACUUUGUGAAUUGAUUUCUAAGCUUUUAGGAAAAAAAAUCCAUAAAAUUGGUUAUCUUAACAUUAUAGCCAGAUAUUACCUCUGAUGAACAUUUGGGUUGAAGAACAAGUUUAAGAUAUUGGCAUCGUAUUAUCUUAUAUAUAGUAACUACAUUACAAAGAUCUUUGGGAUGAAAUUUAAAGAUCUGGCAGCUUGAUCCAAUGAGAGUCACUUUGAAUGCUGUUAUGGAAAAGAUUCCAUGUCAAAUAAAGCACAACAGUAUAAUUCUAGUUUUUCCACAUAGCCUUGACAAAUAGUUAAUAUUUUGUUGCUUUUCUCUUCGUAAGUCAUUAUAUGGUUUUCAAUUAGAUUUCUUACUGUUUUCAUUAUUUAGCAAUAAGAAAGAAAUCUUAGAUAGAAAGAAAAACAGUAAAAAUGAGAAAACAAAACAAGCAAAUUGUAUUUGAUAUAGUAUCAAUCCUACAUGUUAUUUGGUUAGGACAAUUUCUCCUUCUAAAUUGUAAUAAAAUAUAUUGUGAUUAUGUUUUAAAAAACAAACCUAAUUUUUAGGGGUAAAUUUCCUACAUAUAUCUUUAAUUUUGUUGUUAAAUGAUAUAAUUUUUACAAUAAUUAUUUAUGGGAUGUAUUUGUUGUCUUAAUUAUGCACAUGUACUUAUUCUAUUCACUUCCAAUUAUUGAAGCUUUUAGAUUCACAAAAAGAUCUGAGAUCAUGGAAUUUCUAUGUGAUAAAAAUGUGUAAUGGAUUAAGGAGAUCCAGUGAAACUUCUUAGUCAACAGAUGGAAUGGGAGAAAAGGAAAGAAGGGGUUGUGUAGAUAGCGGGUAGG